CUCUCUGACAUUAGGCACUACGCGUCGCAUCUCUAACUUUUGCCACUAGGAGGUGGAAGAACUGAUUCACUUCUUUGGAAGGAGCAGUUCUGCUCUUUGCUGAUUCGUCUCGCCCAUCUUUUAUUUACUUAUACUUCAAGCGCACGCAGUAGCUUUGUUCAUGUCAUCGCGUCUUCCUCCUUCUUCAGCGCACUCCAUCAAAUUCGGACAUGCCCAAUCGACACCUCCUUCAAAGUCCAGUACUUUUGGCCAGGGACGCAAUGACGGAGUGUUAGAAUGGUUGGAUUAUGCGGAGUGUUCACUAUGCCGGGAUCCUUUGCUAAAUGGAGCAGCUAAAGGCAAACACUACUGGAUGACUUCUUGUGGCCAUAUUCUCUGCUCUUCUGAUGAACAUCAGCACCAAGAAGGCAUAUGUACAGCAUGCAACAAGCAAAUGGAACUCUUUCUUAUCCAGGAAGGAUCAUUACCACCAGGGCAUGAAAUAUGGUUUCAAAAUGGCGCGUCGCUCCUAACUGGCGCAAUGGAGGAAAUGAAGACGGCCAUGAAGAAGAAUACCUCAGCGCUCAGGGUCAUGGGCUUUCAAUACAGGGAGAUGAAGCGAUCAAUACAACAUUACAGAGAUGCUAUGAAGGAGAAAGAUGCUCGAAUUACUAGUGUACAGCGAGAGCAGGAGGCAUUAAUGUCGGAAAACCACGAACUCCACGAACGUGUCGCUGAGCUCCAGUCCCAACUCCGGAACUUCCAACGAUCUCAGCCUGCCAUCGUACCCCAAAUCACACCUCAAUCUCAAUAUUCGCUCAAUUCGAACAUCCGCCAAGCUGAACCCACCCAUUAUGACCAGCCGCAACCAAAUACACAGAAAGAAUACAUACCUCCACCGCCAGCGUUACCAACCGUGCACGAGGAAGAACAGCAGCCAACAGUAGGUUUUGGGUAUAGGAUGGGUAAUGGGGAUGUUGAGGGGUCAAAUAAGAGAAGAAGGAUUGAUAUAUUAGAACAACAACCUCGACGAUUCAUCCCGCCGACCCCUGCGUCAGGUGCUUUUGAAGGAUCUCAACAUCUCCGACAUCCUCAGCCCUCACACAAUUUCCAGACUAACCGUCCUAUGUCUCGUGCGUUCAGCUCUAUAGCACCUAUGGCUAUUCCACGAAUGGGAGCUCCAACACAAGUACCUUUGCAGGGCCCUGGAGGAAGACCGAAGAGUACUAUAGGACAUAUGGGAGGUGAGAGGCGUGCAGAUGACGGGGAUGAUAUUAAAUCACGCCUAGAAACGUACAGAUAUGACCCAGCGAACCCUUCGCCGAAUCGCCGCGCACCCCAAGAAAGAUCUGGAACAACGUUACCUAAUCAACACGAACGAAGGUUCAACACCCAAUCGCUGCAGACGCAACGACUGCAAAUGUCUGUCCCUCAGCGACCGCAAUCGAGUUUUGUUCAGAGGCUAAAGAUGUCAAACUCUUCUUUCGUGAACCGCCCUGGAUCAGCCAGACCUACCCCUCUGCAACAGCACAUGAGUGCACCGUCGAUGAAUUCCAGUCAAUCCAUGGUGAUAGGGACUGGGAUGGGGGGGGUGCAAGACAGUGCAAGCGUAAGGAUGAGGGAGGGUGUACUGCAAGGUGGAGCGAGGAUGACGCUGACUCAUGGUGUGGGGCAGAGAGGUUCCGGUAAUCGAUUUUAAUAUGUGGAGAUAGUUUAUAUACGAUCAACAAAUGGAGAGAUGGAUUAGGACGUACUAUAGGUGUAAAUGUGCGGAAUAUCACACUUACAUUUUAUUCAACAAAGAUUAAUUAGUCGCAGAUCCGGCUUUUCUUAUCGUUCAUCGUCGUAGAAUGCUCAUUUAAAUG